GUACGUAGCACAUUGUCAGUUCCAGUCACACGAUCUGUCAUCAUCCUUCGUACGAUGCUAGAAGGGAAGUUGAGAGAAGUGGGACAUCGGGGAUCCUCCUGAGAUCUUAGGCUACAGCCGCCGUCCGGACCCGCUGUGAACCCCGCCGCCUCCGACCCGCAGCCUCCCGGAGAAAACACUCCACACCCAGCCGCUUCCUCCCGUCCGUACAGGUAUUUUCUGGGGUUUUUCCCAUCAGGUCAGUGCCCAGAGGAAGUGAGUGGACGGUGUGACAUGGCAAGUAGAGGUGGAGCCACACGACCCAAUGGGCCAAACACAGGCAACAAGAUUUGUCAGUUCAAACUUGUGCUAUUAGGAGAGUCAGCGGUGGGAAAGUCGAGUCUCGUACUUCGGUUUGUCAAGGGACAGUUUCAUGAAUUCCAAGAGAGCACAAUCGGAGCUGCCUUCCUGACUCAGACAGUAUGUUUGGACGACACAACAGUCAAGUUUGAAAUCUGGGACACAGCUGGUCAGGAGCGCUACCACAGUCUGGCCCCCAUGUACUACAGAGGGGCCCAGGCAGCCAUCGUGGUCUAUGACAUAACAAAUGAGGAGUCAUUUGUACGGGCAAAGAACUGGGUUAAAGAGCUUCAGAGACAAGCCAGUCCAAAUAUUGUAAUAGCCCUGGCUGGGAACAAGGCUGAUCUCGCAAACAAGAGAGCACUGGACUUCCAGGAUGCACAGUCGUACGCAGACGACAACAGUUUGCUUUUCAUGGAGACGUCAGCAAAGACCUCUAUGAACGUGAACGAGAUUUUCAUGGCCAUCGCAAAGAAGCUUCCCAAGAACGAGCCCCAAGCCACCGGCGCCAGCAGCGGGCGGAGCCGGGGGGUGGACCUGACAGAGACGGCUCAGCCCACCAGCCGUCCCUGCUGCAAUAACUAACCCAGCUCUUCCUGCUUAUCCUCCUCCCCCCCACACACACACACAUUCACACACACCACACCCACCCCCUCCACUCUGCUCCCUCUGGACAUCGACCUGACCCUCAGCCUCACUCCCCUGGAUUAGCUAAAAGACUCUGUAUAGCUGCAUUUCUAAUACCCUUUUUUUUUUUGUUGGUGUUCUUUUAUUUUUUUCUUUGUUUUUUGUUUUUUAAAAACUUUUUUUAAGAAGUGUAUAUCAGUAUAAUGGAUGCAUGUAUCACUACAACGCCUAAAAAAAAUACACACAUUUUUGUUUCUUAUUAAGUUGGACGAUUAACCCCGUUUAAGACGAGCGUGAGUGAGUGAGUGAGGGACCUGUGAGCGUGGGAUCGUGUGUGUGAUGAGAAGGUGCAGCCUCAUUCGUCACUGCACAGGCUCGACUGGAUGCGAAGUGUGAUGCCUGUAAUACUCUUAGCGAGCGGGUUUAGUUUUUUACAAUCACAAUAAAACCAUAUUGUUUAUUUUGAGAGGUGGCGGGAAAAGGACUGUCAUGCAAACGCAAGAACCCCUCCCUCCUCACGUGUCACCCGGGACGACGUCCAGGCUCCAAAUGGAAAAAGUGGGAAACAAGUUUAGCGCUCCCAAAAAGUUGGAAAUGCACAAAAAUGUACUUUGAGAAAAACGUAGAAAAGCAGCCUGGAUGUGUCAGACUUCCCCGUUUUGCCGCGACAAGUCAAAUAGUUCCCUGAAAACAAAUUUCUCCAUCCGUAGAGCGGUGCGUUCUUGUCACUUUGCCACACAUCACACUUCACCGCAGUCUCCGUGGUGUGAAAAAAAAACACGGGAGUUCAGACGUGUGAGAAAUCGGGAGCCGGCACCUCCAGGCCAAACUGAAGAACUGCUCUGACAAGAUGUUUAAAUUCAGCUUUGCUAUUCAAUGGAAGCUUUCACGCUGCAGCGUCUUGGAGUCCGUCAUCGCAGAGAAGCCCGUGUCAGCUCCGACACCGAUCUGGCUUCACAUAAAAAAAAAUUUAAAAAAAGAAAAUCAACAGGAAACUGUUGAGCAUCCUGCGUAGUGAGUCAUCCUGCAGAGACUCAAACACACGACACCAUGUCAAACUCCUGUUAAUCCACCUGGUUUCUGUUUAAUCUGAAUUAAGAGAGCGGCUGGGCGGGGGGGGUUAAAGUUCGGAACAGCACACGAACAGAAAAUUGGGACGAUCCAUUGUCACUUCUACUCUAAUGUUGUUACAGGGUGCAAUGUUGUCUUCUUCCUCCUUUAGAACAGCUUGCAGAGCUCACCAGGACAUUUAUCUAGAGAUUCCGAACAAUUGUACAGUUCAAUAUCAGUCUGCUUUGGGGUUUUUAUUAUUUUCUUUUCUUUCAUUUCAUUUUUUAUUCUCGACCUUGUCACAAAACUGGUCACAUGUUAAGCAGUGGUGGUCUUUUUAGGUAUGUGUAGUGUUAUUAACAAAAUCCCUCUGUGGUGUCUUGUUACUUUUCUCAGAAAUGGUCCAUGGUCAUGUUUGAAAGGAACUUUUAUUGCAUUGCACAGUGUUGAUCCUGUUUUAAUUAAUGAUGACUGCCCUUCGAUUUUAUAUGACAGACUGUAUUGGACUUGCUAACCUACGACUAUAAACAGGUAGCGUAAUUAACCUGACCGGUGGUCUCUCUUACAGCUCAAUGAAUUUUAAUAAUGUACAACAGCAUUACUAGUGAUGGGCUGAUCAGUUUUGAGUGUCUGAAUUCAACUUAAUAAAUUCCAUAAAGAGA